CAGAAAACAAAUUGCCUAAUCCGUAGGCCACAGGAGGAAAAAGGGUUGAAGCCGUAAAGUCACAAAGCAAUAAUAGUCCCAAUAAUAAACUAAUAAUUCAUCUUAACUCAUUGCAAGAUUCACAGAACCCGAUUCACUAGAAUCUUCCCUCUAAAAUAUUUCUUAGCUUUUUGGGAAAAUUUUAAUUUAGACAUCGGCAACAACAAUUCAUCGACUGUGAAAUUGAACUUUCUGGUAAAUCACGAUUGUUGCAAACAGCAAAUGUUUGAAUUUUAUAUUUGAGGGGGAUUAAAAGCUUAGUUACAUAUCUUGAUAUUAUAACAACAGCACUAAAACAAAGACUGUCAAUUUUGAUGCUUCAACCAUCUAAUAAAACGAAAAAAUACUAAGAAACUUGAUAACUUUCUUUUAUUGCCCUAAAAACAUAAAUUUCAACAAUUGGGUUGGUAUUCCGUUGAUGAAAAGUUAUGAUUAAAAACUGAUGUCUAUCUCUUGCCUACAAAGCUAAACAACAUCUGUUAUUUUGUCUCAUUAUUGAAUGUGCAAAGUGAAUUUCACAUGUGCAAUGUUAGAUUCUAACCAUUCUUCUGACGCAACUGCAGCAGAUCCAACAAGGAGAUUGCUUUUUCAGAAUGCGUUAGAGGUCUCCUGGCAACCUCUAUUAAUGUACUGAAUAACCUUAGUUUACAUAUUGGGUCUUUUGUUUCAAAGCAUUAUGGAGCCGGAUACAAGAAAUGACAACUGAAAGCGUAAAGGUAAACUUGAAAACAAAUUGUAGGAAAGAUAUUGACUUCGGAUGCGUGAGCAUUCCAAAGGAACUGGCAAAGCUGUGUAAAUAGUAAACGAAACUCGUACAAGCGAUCUAGGCAAUUGCAAGUAAAAUUUGAGUGAUUGGAUAAAAACAAGAUGCUUCCUGACAGUUACGAAACUGACAGUUAAUUUGUGAAAUGAUUCUGGUGAGGAGAGGUGCAGAUGCUAGUGGUUGGCUAGGAAAGAAUAUAGUUGCAUUUCAAAACAAAAUACCUAUGAUACGAUAAAACUAUCUAACAAGAUAAAACGAUGUAACAAGUCUACACAAAGCUGUAUACAUUUCACGGGAACAAAGCAAGACGAUAUGACCAAAAUGAUGAUGAAGUUGCUUAUACUCAUUCUUUCUACGGUUUUCAGUUCAGCGUGGUAUUAUUCACAUCAAGAUGUAGGAGAAGUGAAGAUCGCAGGAAUAUUCAAUGUUCAUCUUAAGGGCAAUCUUGGAAAAGACUACUUCAAACGCUGUGGUAUCAUCGAUCCUCAAUACGGAAUUAUGUUUGUCGAAGCCAUGCUAUUCGCGUUAGACCGUAUAAACAAUGAUACUUCAAUACUUCAUGGAUUGAAACUGCGCACGCGGAUUUACGAUACGUGCGGGGACAAGCUCUACUUGCGCGAUAUUCUAGUGCAAGUGGCAAGGUACUCUCCUCAAGGCGUUGUAGGCCCCCAAUAUUCGGACGAUGCAAUAACAACCGCAACGAUUAUGAACAUCUUCGGUAAAAAUACCAUCAGCUACGCUGCAACAAGCCCGGACAUAGAAAACCGCAUCCCGCAGGGCUUUUUUUACCGCACGGUACCAUCAGAUUACAACGCUGUGAAGCUUUUGGUGAGUUUGGCGUUGAAAUUCAAAUGGAAUUACAUUGCACUUAUCAGUUCAGAAGGAAACUAUGGUCAAAGAUCAUCGAAUCUUUUUCGAGAUUCUGCAACAAAACAAGGAAUUUGCAUCCCUAUAGACAUGACGAUAUCAGAGGAUGCCAACACCGGUGACUACGAAUACAUACUGCAGAUGAUUAAGAAGCAAAGCGCUAUUAAGGUUGUGUAUCUGUUGUUGACAGACAACCAUCUAAAACUUUUCUUUGAAGUUGCUCAGAAGUUGAAAGAAGAUAUCGGGUAUCUGCAGUUUGUCGCAAGUGACGGGUGGGGAACAAGAUCUUUUGUGGCAUCAGGAAAAACAGUUGCAAAUGGAACAAUUACUUUUCAGGUGGAUCACAGCGAAGUUAGGGAAUUCAGAGAAUAUUUUCUCAAACUCAAGCCUGCAACAAACAAAAGAAAUGUUUGGUUUAAGCAGUUCUGGGAGGAAACGUUCAACUGUACGUUUAAGAACUCAACAGUCCAGAAAGCCUGCACAGGUGACGAAGAACUUACGGACGGAGUAGGUUAUUACAGCCAGACACCAGUCCUAUCAGUUAUAAAUGCCAUGUAUGCAUAUGCCUAUGCGUUUAAAAAAGUAAUUUGGUAUGAAUGCCUGAUAACAAACAAAACAGUCGAUUACUGCAGCAAGAAUAACACCAUGCUACAAAAGCUUACUAGUGUCAGGGCAAUACUAUCCCAUGUACGAGAAACGCGGUUCAAGGAGCCAUUCAGGAACAAAAUCUUUAAAUUUUCAGCAUCAGGGGACUACGAUGAAGAUUACAAAAUCUACAACUUUCAAAUGCCAAACAACACGACACAAGGAAUAUUUAAAGAAGUAGGGAGGUGGAACAACGUUGACAACAAAACAGUGGUAUUUAGAAAUACUGUGCAAAACUUUCCCCUUCAACCAGAGACGUGGCGCCUGAACAUUGAUGCUGAUAGGAUAGGCUGGAAAUCUAACGCAUUGCCCGUUUCAGUCUGUAGUAGACCAUGUGAUCCGGGACACGUCCAGCAUUUCAGAUCAGCCUGCUGCUGGACUUGUGUUGCAUGUAAAAGAAAUGACGUCAUAAGGAACAACACUUGCCUGUCCUGUCAUCUGACGGCAGUACCAGACCCCUCAAGGAGAUACUGCAACGCAUUGCCUGUAAAAACUAUUGCUAUGUACAACACAUCUCGAGUAACUAUUUUUCUCCUUUCAUCCUCUAAUAUUUCUACGUCUGCAGUAGGGCCUUUUCUUGAGAACUUGACCGCGCAUCUGUGCAGGGCAUCAACCGUGGAAUUAUGCCUUCUUAAUGCCUUCUAG